AUGAAAUCAAAACAAUCAUCCUCUAGUGUUGCAAGUGAGUCAGUAUCUGAUUUUACUUCUGGAGUAUCAAUUAGAUCAGGAAAGGUAUUAACAGUCACAAAAUUGGAAGAACUAGCUUCUGCAAUAGAAUAAAAGUCUUCAGAGUCAGAGAAUAUAAAGGAAGUAGAAAAUCCAGAAGAAAUGUUAUCUCCUUUAGAUUUCAAACUAGAUUUAAGCAUGAUUAUUUAAAAGAAUGUGAAAACUGAAGGAUUUUAUAAUUUAGUUCUUUAAAAUUAUUUAGGAAAAUAAUAAAAACCAUUUGAAUUCUUAAAUAAAGAUGACAAGGGUUUUGAUGAUGAAGAAAGAAUAAGAUUUUUAAAUUGGUUAAUUGAGAUCACACAUGCAUAUUAAAUGAAUUGUUCUACCUUUUUCAUAGCUUGUUCCAUUUUAGAUGAAUUUUAAAAAAAAACUCAAAAGUAUGGUUAUUUGAAAUAAUAAUAGUAUUACAAGAUAUAAUCUCCAUUUAACUGGAAUUAGUUGUAUUUAUUUGGCAUCAAAAUUUAAUGAUGUCAAACCAUUAAAAAUUGAUUAAGCAAUAGACAUAUCCCAUAAGAGAUUAGGUAGAAGUAAGAUUUUUAAGAAAGAAUUAGAGAUUUUUGAAUGUUUGGAUCAUUAACUUAAUUUUUCUAAUGGUUUUUUAUUUUUAACGUUGUUAUUAAGACUGUAUUUAAGUAAGAUCAAAGAUAAAGAGAAUGAUAUAAUAGAAAUAGCAUAUUUUACAUUAAAGUUAUGUUGUUUUGAUUAUGAAUUAUAGAGUAAAUAUUAUCAAAGUGAGAUAUCUGCUGGUUGUUUAUCAUAUGCAGUAAUGUUGGUGAAUUCAAAUAAUUAAGGAAGAGUGAAUGAACAUAUCACUACAUAAUUAGUAAAAAUUAUAAUAUACUAAUUAGUUAUAUUUAUUAAAAAAUUCAAAUGUUGUAAAAGAUUAAUAAAUAGUAAUUGUUGGAGAACAUAUUGAAGGAUUAAUAGAAAGAUAUUUUACUGAUAUUCAAUUUAGAGGGAAAAUUUAAAAAUUAAUUGAAUAUAACUUAAUCUAAACAGAUUUAUUGAAGUUCUACCUUGAUAAUAGAAAUUAGGAUCCGUGA